AUGGUCCCUUACUGCCGCCGUAAUGAAAUUGGAACGGCUCCAUCCAGCGACACACGCUUUUAUCCUGGCAAAUUGGCUCGCAGGUGCUCGCCGGAGACCUCGCAGUUACCGCAGGAGCAAGGAAGGACGCUGCGAGCGGAAGAUGCCUCAUGGGACGACGACGUAAUCCCCGAUUUAAAGAUUCUCGCUCUUCGCACCGUAGUCUCGACGUGGAGGGAUCAUCCCGUUCUGGAGGAUCUGCCGACGUGCGUAGACAGGGACAUACUGGUGGAAACACUGCCCACCGAUCUGCCGUUCGAGUUGACGAUAUCGAAAAUCGAGGAUGACUUCUAUUGGGAACGCGCGGCCAAGGACAGGUGGAAACACAACAAUCCGAGCGAGCAUGGUGGCUCAUGGCGGCGAUUAUAUUGCGAACGCCACUUAGCCGAAUAUUUGGAAACUUUGGAAGCGAGCUACUUUGAGCCCCAAAGAGAGGAAUGUGAGAAAUUGAUGACUCUCCUGAAGAACCACAUACACGUCAUAAGGCUUCGUUCCCUCGUGCCAAUCAAAAAACGGACGAAACAGGAGAAUAACGCGGAGAAUAACGAAUUAACCCCAGAUGAAGACAUCGCGCAUCACAUUCCCAUGGCAAUUAUACUCCCGCAAUUCCCGCAUCUCGCCGAGAUUUAUCUCCAUUUCGGUAUGAUCUACAUGAACGACGGUUUCGAGUGGCGGGACUUUGAGUUCUCGCUGGAGGAUUGCACAAGUCUGGGAGAAGGAAUUAAAGCCAGCCCGAAAUUGAAGAAAUUCAGUUUAACUCGUAGCAACUUGGAUCAGCCCAGAGUCGCCGCUAUUCUCCAAGGGAUGGUGGCGAAUAAUAACAUUGAAGAGUUGGAUUUCUCGCAUUGCAAAUUGAUGGAUUCUGGUGCACACGCGGUGGGCGAAUUUCUGUCAAUACAUCAGAAACUGAGGACCCUACAUUUGGUAAAUAACAAUAUAGGACCGAAUGGAAUUGCUGGGAUUGUUCACGGAAUAAUAAAAGCAAGUUCGACAGGUCUGAAGACUUUGAAUCUCAGACUGAAUCCUAUCCAAGAUGAGGGAGCGAAUCACAUAUGCGCUCUCCUGAUAAGAAACAAAAUGUUGGAAACAUUGAAUAUCAGUGGCUGUGAACUGGGUCCAGAAAGUGGCAUAGCGCUCGCCGAAGUGCUCUCUUCCGGCUGCGUAGAACUCGAAGCUUUAUCCCUUGAUGUGUCAAAUAAUAAUUUUGGAUUUACUGCUGGAGAGUCAUUCGAGACGGCCAUGAGCUCAUGCCCGUACAUUAUCCACUUGGAUGGUCGAAUGUGCAAUUUCUCGAAAGAAUCGAAGUACUCGAUCACCGAGAGCGUGCGCAGGAAUAAACAAAACAUGAAAAAGGAUAAGGACAAGGCAGCGUUUUCCCAAAGCAGCGAUGUCUAUAAUUCACUCAGCGCCAAGAAUCUGCAACAACAGGAAGUCGGGUCGUCAUUCCCAGAGCCAAAGGGUAUUGUGCAACGUUUUACUGGCAGACAAAUCGAUGCCGACGAGCAAAAAAUGAUGAAAUCUCAGAACUCGGAAUACUAGCGGUCCUAUCUGCUAGGGAAAAAAAGAGUUCUUUUGGUCGUGGAAAAUUUAAGAAGCCGUUUUAGUAGCGAUGCCAGGAUGCAGAAAAGUGCUUACCAGUCGAAUUUUCAGAUAGUAAAACGAAGACGAUGGUCCAUAUACAGACUCCAAGGAACAUUGCCAGCUCUUCAAUUUCAAUCAAUAAACCUACUUUUUAAAACUCAAUACUGUACGCUUAUAUUUAAAAACAAUUUUGCAUUUAUUAUACAAUAAAUAAGUGUAUUCUGACGUCGUUGCUUAUACUGUA